AUGGAAAAACAAACGCUGAAGUCAGCCGUCACACGUCGUUUCCGCACCGUUUUGCUGCUGCUGCUGGCCACCUGCAGCCCCCGGCUGGUCGGACCGCGUCUGGCCGCCGCGGAUGCGCUGCACGGUCUGGGCGACGUCACGCAGCCCUACAGCAGCAUCUUCUCCCCGCUGCUCAAGGCCCUGUCGGAGUACGGAGGAUCCAGGUGGAAACCGGGAAGCCUGGCGAAGAGGAUGAAACCGGAGCACAGGUACAUCAGAUAUCUCACAGACGUUUAUAAGAAGUCCUCCAGAGCGCAGAGUCUGGACGGAGAUGAGGUCUACAACACCAUCCGACUGAUCAAGCCAGAAGAUGAAUGUCUUGCUCAAAGCAGUAAAGAGAGUUUCAUGCAGGAUUUGUCCUACAGCCUUCUUCAGGUGAGAAAAGAAGAGCAGCUCCUGAAGUCGGCGCUACUAUACAGGCUUGACCGCAACCACUCACUGCCUGUCAACUCCGUGUGUUACCUGAAUAUCACUGAGAGCGAGCUGGUAAACCAGUGCCAGCUGUGUCCUGGGGUCUACCGCACGGUGAACUUCACUGCCAUCACAGAUGGUCGGAGCCACGGGAAUUGGGUGGAGGUGGACGUCACCUCAUUCCUCCAACCAUUCGUAAAGGUUCAGAAGAAGGUUGUACAUCUUUUCAUCAAUGUUUCCUGCCCAGAGGUGCAAAGAGCCAGGACAAACGACUGCAGAGACUCACCGGAGCUCACCCUGAGACCCCCUCCUCUGAUUCUUUAUCUCAACGACACAAGUAAGUUUGCCCACCAGCGUUUGCCACCUGAUGCCAGUGCUGAUCAAUGGCCAUCCUCUGCAUCCAACAUAUUUAAGAGACAAGCGGCUUUCAAACCAGACCACAGAGAACAUGGGAGAAGAUGGAAGAGGGAAUCAUCAAAAAGCAAGCGAGAUGAUAAAAGUCUGAACAACCAGCUCCCGGAGCUUCUACCAAUCUCUGAAUUCCCAACAAGUCAUUGUGCCUUGUAUGAUUUCAGAGUGCGAUUCAGCCAGCUCAGCAUGGAUCACUGGAUCGUUUUUCCACGAAAGUACAACCCCAGGUACUGCAGAGGCCUCUGCCCGAGGACCUUGGGGUUCAUCUACGGUUCACCUGUUCACAGCUUGGUGCAAAACAUCAUCUAUGAGAAGCUUGACUCUUCUGUCCCCAAACCCUCAUGCGUCCCUUCCCACUACAGCCCCCUCACUGUCUUGAUGUUUGAAAAAGACGGUUCUUACACCUACAAGGAUUUAGCAGACAUGGUUGCCACCAGGUGCACAUGUCGCUAA